ACGGCGAUAAUGGCCGCGUUGCCGCAGCUGCUUCUGACCCUCUUGAUCCUGCUGCUGGCCUCGACGCCGGCCGCGCGGGCCUCGUCGGUGACUUACCGCUGCGGCUGGUGCCCGCGCAGGUCCACCGCGUCCAUCCUCCCUCCUGGCGCCGGCGCCCUCACCGGCGCCGCCUGCGGGUAUGGUGGCCAGGCGGCGGAGAUGGCCGUCGAUGGGGGGUUCCACAUUGCGGCCGUCAGCGCUGGUUUCUUCCGCGGCGGCCAGGCCUGCGGCGCCUGCUACCAGCUGAGGUGCAGGAGCCGGAGCGCGUGCGCGAAGGAUGGCGUCAAGAUCGUCGUCGUGGGCGAAGUGGCGGACACGAACAUGACAGGUGGUGGUGCUGGUGGCCGCUUCCUGCUCACCAAAGACGCCUUCGCCGCCAUGACCAUGCCAGACCGUGCCGCCGAGCUCGCGGACGCGGCCGUCGACGUGGACUUCAGGAGAAUUCCCUGCGCGUACAAGAGCAAGAACCUGGCGGUCAAAGUGGAGGAGACGAGCAGCAGGGACCGGGGCUACCUCGCCCUCCGCUACCUCUACCAGGGCGGCCAGACCGACAUCGCCGCCGUCGAGGUCGCCCAGGCGGUCACCGGUUCGAGCGGCACCAACAACGAGGCUGCGCCGUCGCAGACAACGUGGCAGUACAUGACGCGGCGUGAGGCGUCCCCGUCGGUGUGGCGCACGUCGCGCGUGCCGGCCGGUCCACUGCGGCUCCGGCUCGUGGUCACCGCGGGCUCCAGCGGCAAGUGGCUGCGCACCGACGGGGCGAUGCUUCCCGCGGAAUGGCAGCCCGGCGCGGUCUAUGACACCGGCCUGCGCAUCACCGACGUUGCCGCAAACACCUGCGGCGGCGCCUCCUGCUCCUCCACGGACGAGGGCGACGACGCCGAGCAGCUCAGAUGAUACGCAGGCUCCACUGCAUGUCGGACCAGGAGGUCGAGCGAGUGACCGAUCGAUGGUCCAUCGGAGCCGCCCUGCACGUCGACGGCGACGCCAGACACGCACAUCUGCACCGGCCGGCCGCCGGAAUAUCGGUCGAUGCUGCAUGUACACUGUACAGAGACGUGUACAUCGCAACGUACGACAUGCAUGCAUGUCUGCACGGUCGACGACGAGUCUCGGUCAGGACAAAACCUCCAUUGUCCCGCUCUAAACGGUCGACGACGAGGUUGGAGCGUAGCGUCACGUGUGGACUAAUGCAGAGAAGAACAUGUACAUACCUCUGUUUUGGUCUUGGAAUCACAUGACAGUGUUUACUGUUUUGCGUAGCAGAAUCUAAACGUAAGAUCUGGAUAUAGCAUGGACUGAGACUUCGUUAUGUCUUAAUCGAUUGAG